UAAGUGGCACGGCGCAGCUCCCGCAGCACUAGCGGCAGAUCUAGCGCCCGGGUGGGGAAGCUUGCGGAGCUUGGGAAAUCGCGACUCGCCUGUACCUUCAAGUUCACGCUCACCAGAUUAAUGAGAUCGAUGACAGGUCCUGCUUCCCAGCCAGUACUUAUCGGAGCCAGAUCGCUCCAUAUCUCUGGAAUCUAGUCAUUGGCAUACCCGCCACACCGUUCCAUUGUUUGACCAGCCGAGACACGCGUCGCAGAGACUACCGUACGGGCUAUUGACGCGACGACCCCCAACCUGCAGGAUUCGAUAUGGACAGGAACGAAAAACCUCCCGCGUUACAAGAGCAAGUUAACGCUCGGCUCAGGACGCUGAGGAGUCACCGUGAUCGUGAACCCGGCGGUGAGAGCGAACGCGAGGCAGCAGCAAACGGGUCAAAUCAGCGGCCCCAACCAAUCCGCCGCCGUAGUACAAGAACCCGCCCAGUACUCUCUUCCCCACACACUAUCGACUCAGGUCCUGCGUAUACGUCCUCCGUUACAUACGCGACUGCCGAAGACUCUACUACCGCAAACCAGAAUAUCGCGUCUCAACCUGAUCUGUCCGCACGCAACCAUCAUCGAACACGACUCGGUCAGUCCUCUGUGAGGGCUCUUUCAAGGAGGGGAAUAGACUCAGCUGUUGGGUCUCCUUCCCGCCGAAAUCUCUCUCCCAUGAGAGCCAGCUCUGGUGUUGAGGGUGCGCCUGCACUGUCUCAACACGAGACCGACCUCUCUAUCGCUUUGGAACACGACCUACUGGAAGACAACUUGCUUCGCAACAACGCGAGCAGUUCACUACUGCAUGCGCGCAUGAGACCAAACACUCUCACUUCGUUCUCGGGGACGUCCAGGUCACCAGAAACCCAGACGAGCUUUGAAGCUUACGUACAAAUGAAUGAAUCUUUUGACAACUACGACUCCGAGCACGCUACCAGCAUAUACAAGCAAUUCAGAUCACUAUUCCCGGAAGAUUCUGACCAGUCGCACCACACAGUGAGCGGAUCGUCAAAAAGAGCAAGGGAUAAGUCUGAACGUGAAGAUCAGGAUGACUUAUCAAAUGUCUUGAAAAAACACGGAGCGGUCACCGCGUUGCUCUACCGUACUACAGAGCCAGAUCAUAAUGCAAAUGACAUUUGGCCCGACUUCCGCAACAAAGCACGGCUACCGGCGCAUUAUUCUAUACUGAACGUGAACCGGAAGGCGCCCGCAGCCAAUACACCCAAUGAACGGCCACAGGCAGUUACGCAGAACAGAUACGAACUUCGUGGGCAGGCUCCAGAUGCGCCAACUUCACAGCUCACAGCUGGACCCUGUAAUGGACGCCCCUUUUGGCAACUUCCCGUGGAGCUUGUAGAGCACAUCAUCGAGUAUCUCAACCGUGAUGACAUCAAAGCUCUCCGGCUGGUGAGCCGUGAGUUGAAUGAGUACACCUCUCAAGCUGCGUUCAAGACAGUCGUUGUGCCCUUCAACACCGAGAUAUACGGUAUGCUUGGGCAAGAACCAAAGGCUGAUCGCAAGGGCAAGAAGCGUGCCAAGAUUAGCAGACCAGAAUAUUGUUGGAAGAACGCUAACGGCGACGAAGUCUACAAUGGUCACGGUCUUGACGUCUUCCGCGGUUUCGGCCGACACAUUCUUAGGUAUGGCAUGAGCUUUGUGGUGAGCGAGGACUCGCUCUCUGCCCCUCCUCUCAAGCCGGUUACAGAAGAAAAGACCAGCUUCUGGGGAAACUAUGAAUGGCCUUUUGAAGAAUAUCGAAGAUUUGAAGCUGUCGCCGGUCUCGAGUUUGCAGCUGACGAAACACCGCGAAUGAAGACUGCCUUCUCAGAACUCACCAAGGUCAAGGAACUCGCCCUGUCUGUCGAUAGUGGCCUUGGAUGGCUGAAUGGCCCCGAUCGGUCUAUUCGCGCUCGUAUUCUGCAAACAUCACCAAGUAUUUUCGGAUCUCGUCAGCAUAUCCCAGAUCGCCGUACGCAAGCCCAGCGUGAGCUGUGGAAUCACAUUGAAUCUAUGCAUGCUAGCGCAGGAGAAGAUAUCCGUCUUGCCUCACUAUUUCGAUUUGAAGGCACACGGCCUUGGACUGAAGCUCAAGAAGCUAAAAUGAUGGCCACGACUCAGCCGAGUCUACCAUUCUUGGACGCCAAUAUCCCAUAUGAAGCACUACCGCACGACGCCACCGACUCUUCCCUUCCACACUCCAAGGGUGAUUCUGAGAUGCGCGAUCAUCAUGUCUUGGCUUCGCCUUCUGCCAAUGUCGGGGUGCUCUUCACCAGUACAACAUCACAUCACAACGACGCUGCGCAGAUUCUGAGCCCCGUUGUACCCGCAAAAUUAUCUAACGCUCAGAAGGAGUGGCUUCUUGAAACCGAAUGGGCUCAACGCGCAUUCAUGUCUUCCUACAUGCUUUCCAUUAUCGAUAAUCAGACCACUUUCGCAGCAAUACACACCCUUAACAUCUCUAGCUUGUCAGACCGCUACGUCUCAAUGCUCAAUCGUACUGACUUCUGGGAAGCAUUGCCUUGCUUGGAAAAUGUUACUCUGAUGGUCAUACCGGGCUGGAGAACAGUGGAGAAGGACGAAGCUGGCUUUGUCGCAGCACCAAGGGUGGAUCCAACUGGUCACGUCGACACUUUUCGUAAACUUCUGGAAGCACAGGUGGCUCCACGAUCGAGAAUUACAAAGCUAACGAUCGGAUACACUGCGAGUGGAGAACACGCGGAAGGAUCCCAUGCGAGGAACAAGCUCCUGAUGCCAGCCCCUAUAUUACCGCUGAGAGCUCGCAUGCAAGCAGAUCUGACGCUUCCGCCACUAGAAACAGCUACGGUACAAGAUGCAAACAUACUUCAACGGUUCCUAUUACGCUUUCAGCAUUUGGAAGAGCUUACUCUUCGCAAUUGCUGGGUCACUCCAUCAGCCCUCUUGCAAUUUGUCAAAAUUCACGAUGGAAGCGCUCUGAAGCGAUUGAAUCUGGAGUCCGUUUCCCUGACAGCGUUACUCCAAACUACUGGCAACGCGCAAGCUGCUAAUAUUGCGCCUGCACCAUUUGCUGGCGCAGUGCAGCCGAUGGCAGGGGCUUUGAUGGCAAAUGCCAACAAUAAUGUCGCCGCCAACCCACCUGCUGCAAACCAAAUCCUUGGUAACGGCCAAGCACUGAACAAUCAUCUCCAGAUUUUAGUUGCUCAAGUUCAGCAGAUCCAGGCCAACGCUCCCGCUGUGCAGCAACAUCAGCAUUUCCAAGCUAUACUAGGUCAACUGCAACAUCAAAUGCAGAACGCACAGGCGUUGGCUUUACAUCAACCGCAAGUCAAUGCACCACUGAGUCUAGUACAGCAGUCUCAACAAGCUCAGAUGUUGAUGCAGCUCAAUCAUCUUGCACAUCAAGUCACUCUCCUACAAGCCAUCGUGGCGAACCAGAAUGCACCAGCUGCUGGCCUUACAGAUGACUCCACCGGCGACACCGAUUCUAUCCUCCAGGCGCGACCUCGCACGGGAUCUUGGAUGGACAUCAUCGACCAAAUUUCCCCUGGCACCAAUCUCUCCGACUUCGGCUCGAAUUUUUCUCAGGCUGACGCCGAUCGUACUACUUGCUUGGAAUCGAUCUCAUUUGUUUCAUGUGGCUACGCAAAGCUACCCCAUAUCGCCCUUGCUGUGGACCAAACCGCGGUCGAAGUAGGAAACGGUGCAUUGGCUGCUCUGCGCAAUGCGGUGUUCACGAAGCGCCACAACGCGCUCUCGCCUUCGAUGAUGAGUUCCAAGUGGCAGUAUCUUGGGGAGAUCGUGCAAGAAGUUGAUUUGCGCGAAUUAGCUGCGCUAGACGCCGGGUGGAAUCUUCGGGUUGGUUGGGACGAUGCAGGAGCUGCGCAUGCAGUGGAGUUUGAUGGUCUGUUGCCCGGUGGAACGGGUCGAUUCUCAGGCACUGUGCAGCGCUCCGACAAGGUCAGUGCUGAGGCGGACUCUGCAACUUAAUGCUGCUGCUGCUGCUGCUGCUGC